AUGAAUCUCCUUGCUUCGAAUCAAGAUAUAGGUAGCAUUAGAGUUAUCAAGAUAGCAAAGAAAUCAAAUGACAUGUUACAUGUCGAUAUCAAAGGAGAAUUGUGUCAUGGCUCUUCACGGAAUAAUUAUAUUUCCAAGAUUCUUACAUUUCAGUAUCACAAUGUUUCUCAUUUGGCUAUUUUGAGAAAGAGUGGUUCGAUUCAAUUGUAUACAAAGAAUCCAAGCUUGAGUUAUUAUAAUUUAUUCAAAGAUUGGAAGAAUAAUUUGACUGACAUUACCGGCGACGGCAUCAUUGCUCUUGAUAUUUUGGACAAUCAGUACCUUUACAGUUGUUCACGAGAAGGGAAAUUGAUCAUUCGUGAUGUGAUCAAUGAUGAUGCUGAUGAAGGCUACAGAGUUUAUAUGGUGGGGAAUAACAUUGGGAAAGUCGACUUGAAACUUGACAGGUUUAAGAACACAAUUUCUGUUGCCAUCUGUGGUAAGAAUUGUGAAUUAAAAGUUUAUGAGAUUGAUUUGAGUUUGGACGUUAAAGAUGAUUAUUCAGAAGGGCACGGAUCUGAUUUAUCAUAUGUUGGUAUCACAAGAAAUCGUAUUUUGCAAAGAUCGUUUACUACUUUGAAUUUGAACCCGCAACGUUUGUCUGUUUCGUAUAGAAAUCAUGAAAGAAGAAGUAGUGUUCUGUCCUUGGGUCACUUUUGGAAGUCAACUACAAAUUUAGAGCUGUACAUAUACAAUGUAAAUGAUUUUGAGUGCAUCUCACAAUGGAUGUCAGCGGUUCAAUUUAUUGAUGGAGGGGAUAACAUAAUUUGUGGGAGUCAAAUGGGUGAAUUGAUUCUUUAUGAUCCCUUGGAGGAUACGUUGCCAAUAUUUACUUCAAGAGUAUCACAGUUUCCAAUCAAGACAUUGAAGCAAAUGGAUGAGGAUCAUAUUAUCUUUAGUGAUUCUGUUAGUAAGAUAGGUAUAUUCCAGAUUCGUACCAAGGAAAUUGUUCUUGAAUACCAAGGCUUGGAAUUUGGUCCAUUUCUUGAUUUCCAGUAUAUUUUGCCCAAUAUACCAAAGCGAAAAAUUAGUGGAUCCAAGUUAUCCUUUGAGGAAAUUUACAUCAUGGCUACUACGGUGGACAAGAGAGUUAUGGUUUAUAAAUUAUUGGAUAAUGGUUCUCAUGAAUUGUUAUUAGACGUUAAACUUUUUGAUGGGUUAAUUCCUUCAAUUUGUUUGUUGAAUUCAGUUUCGGAGUAUUAUCAAUUUAGAACAGUAUUUGGGGAAUUGGACCACAACACUGAUCCAAAUAUCUAUAAAAAGAGAAAAGUCACUCCGAACUUGGCAAUUCCAAUAUCAAGUUCACCUUGUGCUCAAACUAGGACAGCAAAGAAGAAGGACGAGAAUGGGGUCGAGGACAAAUCAGUACACAUUUUUGCAGGUAUGCAAGAAUGUAACGAUGUAUCUCCUAUAUCAUCGUCCCCAGAUACAGCAGAUAACAAGGGCCAAUUUAUUGACGAUGCUCAUUUACAAAAGAUGCUUGUCAAAUGA